GGCGGAGGCUGCCUCGCCUCUUAGCUCUGCGGCUGCAGCUGCUGGCGGCGCUUUUCCUCGGGAUGCCUCGGAGGUUCGCCCCGCCUUAGGGCCGCCAUGAGCGGCGGAGGAGUCCGGCCAGGGGUCCUUGGCUGCCUCCGGGCCGUUGCCCUUCUCCUCCUGCUCCUCCUCGGCGCCCGCGCCCAGCCGCCCUCCGCCUGCCUUCGGGUCCGUGCAGCCUUCCGGGCCCUCCACCCCGGGGCCAAAGGGGGGCCCGAAGCCCCUGCCCCAGGGACGGAUUUGCAAGUAUGCCUCCCGAAAGGUCCAACUUGCUGCUCCAGGAAAAUGGAGGAGAAAUACCAAGCCUUGGCUCGUACCAACAUGGAGCAACUCCUACAAUCGGCCAGCAUGGAACUGAAGUUCCUCAUCAUGCAGAACGCGGCCGUCUUCCAAGAAGCCUUUGAGAUCGUCGUCCGUCAUGCACAGAACUUCACCAACCUCAUGUUCAGGAACUACUACCGUGGCAUCGCCGCCCAUGCGCUCCCUCUUGUGGGGGAUUUAUUCACCGACAUCUCGCUUUACAUCCUGGGCUCGGACCUCAGCGUCAACAACAUGGUCAACGAGUUCUUCGAUGGCUUGUUCCCCUUGGUCUACUCCCGCUUGGUCAACCCUAGUCUCCCCGAACCGUCAGCCGAAAUGGCAGAGUGCCUACGCUUAGCCCGCCGAGACUUGGAAGCCUUUGGUGAUGUCCCCAAAGCCAUGAUGACCCGGGUGUCCCGCUCCCUUCGGGUGACCCGGGUCUUCCUCCAGGCCCUCAACCUCGGCAUUGAGGUGGUCAACACCACCGACCACUUGCGGCUCAGCAAAGACUGCGGCCGGGCGCUCUUGAAGAUGUGGUACUGCCCGCACUGCCAGGACCUCCUGAUGGCCAAGCCGUGUGCCGGAUUCUGUGGCCUGGUCUUGCGUGGCUGCUUGGCCAGCGUAGCAGAGGUGGACGGGCACUGGAGGGAGUACCUCCACGCCUUGGAAGGCCUGGCCAAAAGCAUGCGCGGCACCUAUGACAUUGAACAUGUCCUCCUCCACCUCUUCUCCUCCAUCCGGGACGCCAUCACUUACAUGCAAAAGAACACGGGGAAGAUGUCAGUCGCGGUCAGCAAAUUAUGCGGCCAUUCCAAGCAGAGGCAGCACCGCUCCGCUUGGGAUCCUGAAGACAGCGUCGCUGACAAACAGACCGUGAAGGCGAACCCUAUAAACCAGGAGGAAACCUUGUCCAGUCGGAGAAAGGAACUCAUCACAAAGCUGAGAGCCCACAGCAGUUUCUAUAGCAGCCUUCCAGAGUAUAUCUGCAGCCAUAGUUCCACCAUCCAGAACAAUACCAUUUGCUGGAACGGGCAAGAAGUGGUCGAAAGGUACAGCCGCCAGGGCACAAAAAGUGGCAUUCGAGGCCAAGGAGGCAACCCUGAGGCCAAGGCGAAAGGCCCCGAACCCAUGAUCAGCCAGAUCAUCGAUAAGCUGAAACACAUCAAUCAGCUCUUGAAAGGAAUACCGGUCCCGCACCGGAGGGAUUCGGACAAAAUUGGAAGGGACGACCAUCUGGGCAGUGGAGAUUGCGACGAUGAGGAUGAUGAGUGCGGCGGUGGCGGAGAUGCUUCUGGAAAUGGCGAAUUGCGAGUGAAGAAUCAGUUGCUGUUUCUGGCAGAGCUGGCCUAUGACUUGGACGCGGAGGAUAUCCCUUCCAACAAGCAGCGUUUGAACCAGCAAAGCAAAGAGGCUUCGGCAGGUCACGGUUUGGGCUCCGGUGGCACAAGGCCAGCCGUUGACUCUAUGGCCGCUGCUAUAAUCACGCUGUCUUUUCUGCUGACCAAAUGACCGACGACUCUUCUUGACCAAGAUUUGGUUCCUUCCCCUCUGCCCUUCUUUUUUACAAACUCUUCUUUCCCGGGAGGCAUGUGGAACGAAUCGCUCCCGAAAGUUUCAAGUUUUUCACAAAAUACCAUUAAAAUGAAGGGAAGGGAGGGUCCGGGCUUGUUUUGAGCAGAACAAGGCGCAACUCUUUUAAUUUGGGGGGAAAAUAUCUUGUUUAAAGAUUUUAAAAAAAGGAAAAUACCAAGUUGAAAUGAAUUGAGCCGGAUGGGGGAAAGAUACUUGGGAAUAAAAGUCAUGGUUCCAAUGGA